AUGGUGGGCAUCGUUCAACUCACUGUAGCGGUUGCUGCUGUCGCCGGGGUCGCAUCUGCUGCUACGCCAAUCGAAUUGUCACAUCCUCACUGUGAUCAGUUCGUUUACGGGCAGAGGUGCCAGGAGUUCACCAGCAGUUUUGGACUCAGUCAACAGGCAUUCCUGAACAUGAAUCCGAGUAUCAACCCGUCCAAUUGCAACCAACUCCCCGCGUCGUGGUACUGCGUCAGGACAAGAGCUCCCGGAGCACCCAUCAGCACGCCCUCGCCAUCAAGCGGGACCUUCUUUAACAACUGCGCCAAGUUCGCCCUGGGCUUUCCAACACCAGGGACAUGCUGGAGCAUAGCCACUGCCUUCGGACUGUCCUGGGCAGAUUGGAAUCAUUUGCACCCAGACUCCCAUUUCGGUGACUCUUGGCGAUGCGACCUCCUACGCAACGUGUAUUGGUGCGUGGAACUAAUUCAAGACACUCCUCCGCCUCCCAUCACCACGACGGCUGCUGCUCCUAGUACUACCAAGCCCAAGACGACCACAACGAAGCGCAAGACAACCUCGACCAGACGUCCCAGGCUCCACAAGGAUCAGGUUGGAUGA